AUGCCCCCUCGUCGCACUGGGCGUCGCUCGCGCGUCGAUGCCGCCGAGCCCGCUGAGCCCCGCUCGGCAGCCCGCGAGUUCUAUCUCGUGCCCGAAUUAAGGGAGAGACUGUUGGCCAACCUGGACCAGGACUCCCUGGCGCAGUUUAUGAGAGUGGAGAAGAAGUGUAGCUUUGAUGCCAGACAACGCGUCUCGUGCGCUGCUGUACAAGCCAUCGAUGCUACCGGCAUGAAUCUCGUCCAGAGCUUUCAGCGGCAGCUCGGUCUCGAGGAGCUCUUCGCUGGCGAAGGCAAGAAGGAUCGCCUGGAAGAGUAUUUGGGUCGCUACAACCCAGAGCUCACGCGGCUGGUGAUCCCUCCUCUGCGGAAGAAGUUCCCCAAUCUCCAGGGCGUACACUUCGGGACGUACUACACGCAACUCGGCGCCCCAGUCUGGCGGAUCAACUUCAAUCGGCCGGUCCCCUCGGCGAAUCCUCCACCUCGAGGCGUCCCGACAACGUACAAGGACGGUCUCGAUCUCGGCGGCAAUCUCUUCAUCGUCCACUGCUACAUCCCCAAACUCUCCGACUUCCCCUAUUCCGUCGGAGCAGAGCCGCUGGAGGCGCCCUGGCGGCACUUUGGCGGGGACCUUUUCUUUGAUGUCCAGUUCCAGUCGGCGGAUCCGGAACUCGGACCGGGGACACUCUACGAAGCUAUCGAUUUAGCAGAGCUGCCGGUCCUGAUGGAGGAUCUGACGCGCCUAUACCAAAGGCAGAUCGACUACGGCUCGCCGUAUCGGCUCAAAUCCAUCCAAGCUAUGUUCUGCUCGCCAUGUCGUCUGGAGGACUUUCAGCUCUUUGCGCACGUUGCGUCACACUCCCUGGUCCAGCUUCAAUUGGCUGGCGGGUUCCGUGACGACGUGCUCCUCUCCUUCAAGGACUUGCCGGUCAUGAUCGAGACGAUCACAACGCUUCCUCCUCAGCUGGAGCAGCUCUGGAUCGCCCUCAAAGGUAUCGACACGGCCGAGGAGGACUGCAAAGGCCUACUGAACGCCCAGACGCUUCGGGACGGCGGAACGCUCAAAAUCCUCUACAUCUUCACCGAUACCAUACCCGGUCCGCUCUGGAACCUCAUUCGGGCCGUCUCGCCCAUGUGUGCAGCGAACGCCCAGGUGGAUAUCUCGGAUCGUUACGGGAUUCGCGCGGAUCAGCAGAAUAAGGAUGCAUGGAGCGAGGAAACGCAGUCGGCGUACCUCCAAUGUCUCAGAAGUCAACCUGAGCACGCCCGAGCUCAUCUUGCCACGGCGGACUUCCCAAGCCUGGGCUUCGACACGCCUGACAAGCUUCCGGGGCUGCAAGUUGGCGCGGACGGAAAACCCCUAUCGCGUUUCUUCAGUAAGGCGGAGGAUUGGCUGGAUAAGUCCGAAAAGAGGGCGGAACUUCUGAACGGGACGAUCCUCCCCAAUAUUGACCUGGGGAUGCGCCAGUAUGCUGAGGCAUGCGAGGCGUUCGCUCGGACAGCGGUUACGGAUACCCCGGCGGAGAGGCUGGCGCAAAUGAAGAUCAUGCUGGCGACGUUGGAUCAGGUGGAGACCGCGGAAAGGCAGCUGUUCAGUAUUUCGGAGGAGCAGGACACCACGGAGGCGCAGGUAAAGCAGUAUAUCAGGGAGCUGAAGGGAGAGCCAGAGCCGUCGACCUCGCGUCGAUGGGGAAGCUAG